AUGAUUAAUAAUACGAAUUGUACCUUAAGAUUUGCCUUUUUGGGUUUCGUCGUCGAAAUCUUCACAAUCAUCUUCGAUUUUACCAUUCAUUUGCUUCUUAACGGCAGCGAAAGAAAUCACUCCGACUCAACUAUCACUGCUCUUGAAAACGAAAUUCGUCGAUUGAGUGCGGUGAUACAAGAUAAAGAUGAUCGAUAUAAAGCAGGCCUAAUGACAAAUGGUGAAUUCAUGGAGUCGGCAUUGGAUUUAGUUAAUCUUCGCUCUCAACAGCUCGAUCUUGAAAAGCUGGUAACAGAACGUGAUGGGCGUCUUUCAUAUGAUCUGUUCGUUGUGGUUGUUCGAAUCUGA